AUGGCUACUUUGACUGCUUCUCUUGUUCUCCCAUCAAAGCUGAAGCCUUCUUCUCCAGAAGAACAAAGUUCUCUCUUCAUCUACAGAAGAAGAAGGCCCAAGAAAAACCAAUCAAUUGUUCCUGUUGCUAGGUUAUUUGGGCCAUCUAUCUUUGAAGCUUCGAAGCUGAAGGUUCUAUUCUUAGGAGUGGAUGAAAAGAGGCAUCCGGGGAAGCUUCCAAGAACUUACACACUCACACAUUGCGACAUAACUUCUAAACUCACUCUGGCCAUCUCUCAAACCAUAAACAAUUCUCAGUUGCAGGGGUGGUACCAUAGAUUACAGAGAGAUGAAGUGGUUGCAGAGUGGAAGAAAGUUCAGGGGAAGAUGUCACUUCAUGUUCAUUGUCAUAUCAGUGGUGGUCAUUUCCUAUUAGACUUGGUUGCUAGGCUCAGAUACUUCAUCUUCUGCAAAGAACUCCCUGUGGUUUUGAAGGCUUUUGUUCAUGGAGAUGGAAAUUUGUUCAACAACUACCCAGAAUUGGAGGAAGCUCUGGUUUGGGUUUACUUUCACUCAAACAUUCCAGAAUUCAACAAGUUGGAGUGCUGGGGCCCACUAAAGGGGGCUGCAGCACCUUCCAGUGGGGUACAGGAGGACAAAAAGGGGCCAACUCCAUUAAGCAAUCUUGGGAUGCCACAACCAUGCCAAGAUGACUGCACGUGUUGCUUUCCACCAAUGAGCUUGAUCCCUUGGUCAGAGGAUCUUCCAUGUGAGAGUAUAGAGGAGACCCACCAAGGAUUGCACCAGCAAACCUAAAGCUGAUCAUGUGGGUCUCUGUGAUUGAUGUGUGUUUUUCACAUGGUGUUGUAAAAACGUUGUUUUUUUAAAAAAAAAUGUGAAUACAGGACAACCUUGAUGAAAAAUUUGGGAUAUGUUAGUAUACAUUAAGGUUAAUUUAGGAUUCCAUGAGUUCAAUUUUCCACUCAGAGAACGUAGCAAGUUGUCUAGGAUUUCAUUUAGUGUGUAUUUCAUUAAUGACUAGGAGUAAUUCGUGUAUGAAGGUAUAAUGUAAUAUGAAUGAUUUUG